AUCACGCCAGCUGAAGUGUUCUUUUCAACGUCUUCAUAACAUUCAACACCUUCAACACGUCCGUCGUUCAUCCUAGAGACAUUCACUUGAUUCAACUAGACCAGCUACAGCUUUCGUGGUUCUUUUUACUUGUAAACUAUCUUUUUGCCAGUCUCGGUGGGCGUCAAGCGCUUGUUCAAUUUUAUCCGGUAGUCUUCGACAUCACAACAAUUUUGGAGCUUACAGCUCUGCCAAAAAACAGAUUUCGAAGCACAAAAUUUCCACUCGUCCGUCACUGACAAAAGUUCAAACUGCACACAAUGUCUGGAUAUCUUAGACCCUCUCUGCGAGUGGCCGGUGCCGCCGCCGCCGGUGCUGGAUUGGCCUAUAGCGGAUACAGAUAUUACAACACGACGUCUUUCUUCUUCACUACCGUCCACGCCGAGUCGUUGCCAUCAGAUUCGAGGGCCGCCUUGAAGAAGAUGGAAUGGAAGGGUUUCACCGAGCUCGAGCUCCAAAGCUCCGAGAUGGUCAAUCACAACGUGAAGAGAUUGACUUUUGCUCUGCCAGACGACGAAUCAAUUACUGGCAUCUCUCCCAUCACAUCUCUCUUGACCAGACAUACUCCCGAAGGAGCCUGGAUUCCGGUCUUCAGGCCUUACACUCCUGUCAGCGAAAAUGAUGUACCGGGCACCGUGACUUUCAUGGUCAAAAAGUAUCCAAACGGCAAGGGUUCCGGCAAGAUGCACUCUCUGAAACCUGGUGACACGAUGAAAUUCAAGCCACUCCAUGAAUUCGACUACAAACCAAACCAGUACUCAGCUAUAACUUGCAUCGCCGGUGGCUCUGGCAUCACCCCCAUUUACCAACUUACUCGUGCCAUCCUCAACAACCCCGAGGACAAGACGAAGAUCGCCUUGGUCUACGCCAACAAUACCGAGGAGGAUAUUCUGUUGAAGAACGAAUUCGACGAGCUCGCCCAGAAGUACCCCGGACGCUUCACCAGAUCUUACGUUGUCAGCAAGACCACACCACAGAACGAAGGCGUCUACGAAAAGGGCUAUGUCAGCAAGGAGCUUCUGAGCAAAGUCAUGCCGCACAAGAUGAGUGAACGCAACGUCAAAGUGCUCGUUAGCGGCCCGCCCCCAAUGACCGCAAGCGUUGCAGGUGCUAAAGGUGGCUUUGGCUGGACUCAGGGAAGUCUUGGGGGCAUUCUCGGCGAGCUUGGGUACACGAAAGAAGAAGUGCACAAAUUCUAGAAGGGGAUCUUGGGUGGUCAGGGUUUUUAUUCGAUUAGCAUAUUACUAGAAGCGGGGCUUAAUAGAUAUCUCUUCUCGGUACAGCGGAUUGAGAGAAGAGGAAUAGAUGGAUCAAGCAGCUUCGAUGAUUCACCGGCCUCCAUCAUUAUCGAGAUAUGAUAUUUAUCCCUUGUUG